AGAGACGAAGAACCAAAAAUAGGGAGGGAGGGAAUGGAAAAGAUAGCAAAUAGUGAGCAGCAAAAAGAGGGAGGCAAUGUCAUCACCACCCUCUCUCUCUCUAAUCGCUCUCUCUCUCUCUUCUCUCUCUCGUCUCCCUCGAUCGAUCCUUCACCGAUUUGGAAUCGGACCGGAUCAUCGUCCGUCAUCGUCCCGGAAGGAACCUAGCUCGCUCCGACCGAGACUAAGCUAGAGCUAGAGCUAGAGCUUCUCCCCCCUAGCUUAAGCUUUUUUCCGACGAUGGCGGAGGCGCCGCCGACGACUUCGCAUCACCGGAGAUCGUUGUCCGACUUUGCCGCCGUGUCGCUGAGCGGACUGUUCGGAGGCGGAGGAGGAGGAGAUGAUCAGAGAGGCGGUGGCGGUGGCGGAGGAGGAGGUGGAGGUGGAGGUGGAGGUGGAGGAGUAGUAGGCGGAGGGUCGACGUUUGAGUAUUUCGGUUGGGUGUAUCAUUUGGGAGUCAAUUCCAUCGGCCACGAGUACUGUCACCUCCGGUUUCUCUUCAUCCGAGGCAAGUAUGUCGAGAUGUACAAGCGUGAUCCUCACGAAAACCCAGGCAUUAAACCUAUUAGGAGGGGCGUUGUUGGACCUACACUGAUGCUAGAGGAGGUUGGGCGUCGGAAGGUGUACUAUGGGGAUGUUUAUGUUCUGCGGUUUUACAAUCGAUUGGACGAAUCAAAGAAGGGGGAAAUUGCUUGUGCUACGGCUGAAGAAGCCCAGAAAUGGCUGGAGGCAUUUGACCAAUCCAAGCAACAGGCCGAGUAUGAGCUAAUAAGAGGAGGUAGUGCCAGAAACAAACUGAGCAUGGAAUCCGAGAUCAACCUUGAUGAACAUCGACCUAGAGUGAGGCGCUAUGCAAGUGGAUUGAAAAGGCUUAUAAAAAUUGGGCAAGGACCUGAAGUCCUUUUGAGCCAAUCCUCAAACCGUGCAAAUGGUGGUCCAGAUGGAUAUUAUGAGAGGGAUGGUGGAGAUGCAAUUGAGACAUAUCAGUGGAAGUGUGUACGAACAAUUAAUGGUGUUAGGAUAUUUGAAGAUGUUGCUAACUCUGAGACUGGUAAAGGUGUUAUUGUCAAGGCUGUUGGUGUUAUCGAGGCAAGUGCAGAUACUUCUUUCGAAGUGCUUUUAAACCUUGAGAAACAUCAGAGAUAUGAGUGGGAUAUGCUGACGGGAGACUUAGAGCUGCUUGAUUCUUAUGAUGGACACUACGAUGUUGUCUAUGGGACAUUUGAUCCCAGGUAUCUUACUCGGUGGCAUUCCAAGAGAGAUUUUAUAUUUUCUAGGCAAUGGUUUCGUGGACAGGAUGGAGCAUAUACAAUCCUGCAUUUCCCAGCUGUUCAUAAGAAGAAGCCUCCAAGAUCUGGAUAUCGUCGCACAAAAAUAAAUCCAUCUACUUGGGAGAUUAGAAAUUUGAAUUCAUCCAUGGGUUCAGAUAGUCCAAGAAGUCUCGUCACGCAAAUGUUGGAGAUACAUUCUGCAGGCUGGAGCAGAUGGAAGAAAAGCCACUGCUCAAAGUUCGAGAGGAGUGUACCUUAUGCAUUGUUGUGCCAAGUAGGAGGUAUGAAGGAAUAUAUUGGAGCAAAUCCUGCACUAAAAUGUCAAUCUUCUGCCACAUUUGUCCAAUCAAAGCUAUCAUCAGUUUCCAUUUCAAAUGCUGAAUACAAUGAGUCAGAUGUAAAGGAUGAGUUUUAUGAUGCAAUUUCUACAGACUCUUCAUCUUCGGAUGAAGAAGAAAGUGAGAAUGGCGCUCUUGACAAAAAGGAAGCAAAAUUGAAACUGAAGAAAACUUCAGCUGCAGAUGCUAAUAAGGAACUGGAUUCUGAAGUGGCUCCUGUCAUGAUUGAUCCGAGCCAGUUCUCUGUUUCAUUGUGCAAAGGGAAGGAUGAUGCUGACACAAACUGCUGGUCAACUCCAAGCGGCAAGGGAUUUAUGAUCAGAGGAAAGAACUACCUAAAGGACAAUUCCAAGGUCACGGGAGGAGAUCCCCUUCUUAAUCUCAUAGGAGUUGAUUGGUUCAAAGUUGAUAAAACCAUGGAUAGUAUUGCACUUCAUCCCAGGUGUCUUGUUCAGUCAGAAGCCGGAAAGAAGCUUCCAUUCAUACUAGUCAUCAAUCUCCAGGUUCCUGCAAAGCCAAACUAUAGUUUGGUACUUUACUAUGCUGCUGACAGACCUCCAAAGCCAGAUUCUCUGUUUUCUAAAUUUUUGGAUGGGAAUGACAUGUUUCGCAAUGCAAGAUUCAAGUUGAUUCCCAGUAUUGUUGAGGGAUAUUGGAUGGUCAAGCGUGCUGUUGGAACAAAAGCUUGCCUGCUGGGAAAAGCUGUGACUUGCAAAUAUCUCAGACAAGACAAUUUCCUAGAGAUUGAUGUCGAUAUUGGAUCAUCAUCUGUGGCAAGGAGUGUCAUCGGACUUGUCUUAGGAUAUGUCACGAGCAUAGUUGUUGAUCUUGCAAUUUUGAUAGAGGCAAGGGAGGAGGAAGAGUUGCCCGAGUACAUUCUUGGGACUGUUCGACUAAAUCGUUUGAAGCUCGAGUCUGCUGUUCAUUUGGAGGAAUAACGUCCCUUGUUCAUUUUUCGACCUCUGUCAGAGCUAUUGAUGGCUUCAGUGAGGGGUUUUCUUUAUCAUUUUUCAUUUUUUGAUAAGGGCUUCGCCGGGUUUUGUUUUCUAUGUAGACUAAAACAUCUAAUCAAGCAGUUUAAUUGGCCAAAAUCGAGCAGUUCUACAGAGUAAUGCAAGAUGGAAGGCCAAAUUUUUUUUUGUUUUGUUCUUCCAUUUGAGUUCUUUAUCCACAUUCAGUUAGCAGAUUCAAGGAGCAAA